AUGGACGAAGGCGAUAGAGAGCCAGGUCCUCUGCGGAUCAUCAAACGCACGUCCAAUCCGCCAAUUCAACCCUCAGCCGGCGACAGUGCCCACGGUUCCGGGUCCGAUCACGACCAGCUCUCCAGACGAGCAAGUGCGGCCACAGACGAGAGCAUGGACAGCAUCCAAGAAGGUUCCGGUGCGUCCCAGCGGUCCCUAAGCAUCCCAAAAAAGCGGAGGACCCUGCUUUCGCAGGUAGAUGGAGGCGCCAGCCGCUUUUAUGCUGCACCUGAGGCCCAUGCGGCCGGCAUGGCAAGACGCAGGCGCAACGACACGGACAGUUUCGGCUCAGGGAGUGAUCACAGUGACAUCGGCAUGAUGAACGGCAGGUCUGAGGCUAGCGGUGGGUUUGCAUCUGUCCGGACACAGUAUCUGAGAGACGGAUAUCGAGCAGAAAAAAACGACUACGGCCUGCGCUCGUUGCGGCCGUCGUCCAGUCAUAGUAGCAGCCGUCUUUACGAAGAAGAAGAUGCCUUGGACAACUUCCAAAGGAUGCGUCUCAGUAGUGAGGCAGUUAGCGUUGGCAUAGGCGACGUCCGCCGCGAUCAGCAGGGUGAUUACGAUGCUCAAAGUAAGGGCACGUACAGUCCACAUGCUAGUGACGAGUGCUUCAUUUGGCCAUCGGAUAGACCCUACGACUGUGAGAGACGCACGGGAAUGCUGCCUGCUUCUUCUGGUAGACACGGCGCAUACAACGAGCUUCUGAUGCACCCAGGGCUGCAUCCUCGCCAGUCUCACCGGCAGCACACGUACGACAGCCGGCCUGUGUCAACCUCGGAUAUUCUUGCCACCGGUCCUGAACUCUUCCAGCCACAGCCAUAUACGCGGCCCCGUACUGCAAUACCUUUUAACAGCCCCUACAAGAGUCAUCGCGCGUCCGAGUCCUUUCACUAUCGCCAAGACACAUCUCGAAGCCACCAUAGCCGCAGACUGAGCCAGGUCAGUGCCAAAUCCGAGGUUUGUGGUGAGGUUGACCCACAGAUCUUGGUCCCCAUCGUCUCAGUCACGCCCGAGUGCAGAACCGUCGAGGGUGAUGUGAACAGUUUUUGGGUCGCCAUCGAGCUCUUUGCCCACGUCACACAGCCGUUGGACACGGGCUCGUCUCGCGACCACCGUUUUCGACAAGACUACCAUCAAGCCUCAACGUCAUCGUUUGCCACAGAUGACGACCAAGGCCUCUACCGCUUCGGAUACAUUUCCGAUAUGGAUAUAAAGAUCGUCUCAUCGUACCAAAGCGAGAUCCUUGAGGUCAUUGGGAAAAGUCCCAGUCUUUUGACGCUCCUUCCCGGCUCACGGCGCCUCAUGGUGGUCCAUAUCCAUCUUGACAUGACAAAGAAGAAGCAGGCAGCAGAAUCACAGGAAUAUCGCCCGCUCUCCCACAGUAAUACGUCUGACCAGCUGCUGGAGGACCUGGAGCUCCAUCUCGGGUCCACUUCCCAAGAGUACAUGCAAAUCCAGCUCACGUAUUCCCACUCCGGGUUUCCCAAGCGCGACGUUGGCAGAGAUCCCAUGGAUCGUGACGGCGGGUGCGUCGAGGUCCGCACUACUAUUGAGACAACGGUGACGGCAUUGGUAAUGCAGCAGAACUCAGCAUCAAUGUGGUCGCCGUCCGCCGCACCGCCUGGUGGUAGUCCCUUAGUCGACAUCGUUGCUAAGCACUGGGGCCCGGCAGCAGCUAAGGAGAUGGCCAAGAGAAUUGCUACCUCGAUCGAGGUGAGGAUGCUACGGCGGACAGACAAAACAUUCAGGACCUGGGACACGGCAGCACGCCACACCAAUCAGCAAUCCCAAUCCCCGUCCCAGACAUGGCGUCCUAGUACCCCCGAGAACGGCACUCAGGAUGGUAGCCUGGACGAAGUGACCCCUCGCGCGGUAUCUCAUUCUCACCAGCCAUCAAACAAGAAGAGCGACCGUCAAGAGGGCGGAAAACGCCCGGCGAGGAAUACGUCACUUGGCCAGAGUCAGCAACCGAUAAUACCUGUGAGAAUGCCGAAGAAGGAUUACCAGCAUACUUCAGACAACGCAGCACAGCGAUCCGCGUCAUCGUCAAUAUCCCAGAAGCGAGUUUCUCUCUCGCAGGUCCCGCGAUUGUCGGUAUCGUCCGCCAACAUUCCCACUGACUCCGACCCGCCAUCUCCAGGAUGUCUUUUGCCACGGUCGAAAAAUUCGCGAUUGGCGUCAGGUGGUCCAAGGCAGGUAAUCCCCGACGCGGCACCCCGCAACAUUCGGCGUCUCGUUGGCAUGGACACCACACACCUCCAGAAUGUGCCCCUUAUGCCACCCGACCAAAGUUUGAAGAGUGAGAAUUGCGGCGAUCGGAUGCAGGACCACAGCGGGAUUCGCAGCAGCAGCCGCAGCAGUACCAUUAGCAAGAGGUCCGGCAAGUGGCCCUGGCCAGGUUGGUUCUCAUAG